GGAGCAGUCAGUUACUCUGCGGUGCCAGGGGCCUCGGGUCGUGGAUUUAUAUCGAAUAGAGAAACUGAAAACCAAGGAGUAUAAUGAUCAAGACUUUCGCCUCAUCCCUCGCAUGAAAAUAAACGAUGCCGGACGCUACCGUUGCUCGUAUCAGAAUGGGAGUCACUGGUCUCCCCCAAGUGACCACCUUGAGCUAAUUGCUACAGGCAUUUACAGUAAACCCUCACUCUCAGCUCAUCCCAGCUCAGCAGUCCCCCCGGGCAGGGACGUGACCCUGAAGUGCCAGACCCCCAAAAGUUUUAAUCAAUUUGUUCUAUACAAAGAGGGGGAUACUGGGCCUUACAAGGGAACCAAGAGAUGGUAUGGGGCUGAUUUCCCCAUCACCAAAGUGACUGCUGCUCACAGUGGGACUUACCAGUGUUACAGCUUUUCCAACUUCGACUGCUCUUAA